AUGGCAGCUUACCCCUCGCCAUCGCCCUCCCUCGAGAAGGAUGAGCUUGACAGCCCAUCUGCCAGCUCGUCCGACGGACUCUUCACCUAUACCGCCGAAGAGGAAAGAAGAGUGUACUGGAAGCUGAAUGCCUCUGUACUCUCUUUGCUCUUCCUCGGCUUCUAUGUCUUUCAACUGGAAAGAGGAAAUAUCAGCAACGCCUUGACAGAUGGCUUCCUUGCUAAGAUCGGUAUCACCCAGGACCAGUUCAACAAUGGCCAAUCACUGCUCUACAUCGGUAUCAUUUUGCUCGAGGUCCCAAGUAACUACAUUCUUCAGUGGAUCGGGCCAAGAAUAUGGAUCUCAUUCCAGGUCCUCGCCUUUGGCCUAGUCGCCACCUUCCAAGCCUUCCAGUACGACUACUCGACUUUCCUCACCACCCGCAUCCUGCUCGGCGUGGCAGAGUGUGGCUUCAUCCCCGGCGCCUUAUACACCCUAUCCACUUUCUACAAGCGCGGCGAGCUCGCGACCGUCACUGCCGUCUUCUUCCUCGGCAACAGUCUUGCGGGCGCCACUUCGGGUCUCCUCGCCUACGGCAUCCUCCCGCUCGGCACUACCCACCCUCGGUACUACGGCUGGCAAUGGCUCAUGCUCAUCGAGGGGUCCAUGGCCUGCUGCGUCGCCCUCCUUAUCAUCUGCUUCCUCCCCGGCUCGCCUAGCCGACCUCGGCCUCUCUUCCUCCCCAUCCGCUACUUCUCUGACCGGGAAGAGCAGAUCAUCGCCAGGCGGGUGGUAUCGGACGAUGCGGCAAAGGCAGCUACGUCGAGGCGGUUGACGGUGAAGGAGGUGUUUGGGACACUGGGGAACUGGCGGAUCUGGCCUCAUGUCAUCAUGGCCAUCGCCUACAUUGCGCCUACUGGGGCUAUGGGGACGUACGGACCCACCAUCAUCCGCUCUUUCAACUUUGACACUCUCACCGCUAACGCUCUCUCGUCUGUCGCUGGCUGGGCAGCCCUCGUCAUGACUUUCGUCUACGGCUUCGCAUCCGACCGCACCCAGCUUCGCGGACCCAUCAUCCUCAUCGGCCUCACUCUUGCGCUGGUCUUCUGGAUCGGCUUCCAGCAGACGUCGACCUCGUCGGACCGUUGGCUCAAGUAUGCGAUGCAGGUACUCACUCAAGGCUUCGUCUCAUCCUACCAUCCUCUCAAUGCGACAUGGCUCUCACUCAACUGCCGCACGCCUCAAGAACGGUCGAUCGCCAUGGCCAUGAUUAUCAUGGCCGCUAACGGAGGUGCUCUGGUGGGGUCUCAGCUGCUCAGAGGGGACGACUCCCCGCUCUACCCGCGCGGCUUCAAAGUCUGCGUUGGGCUCGUGGCUAUUGCACUAGCUACGGGUGUUGCGCAGCACGUCCAGUACAGGCUAUCAAAUCGGAGGCUGGCCAGGCGAGCAGGGCUGGAAGAGGGACUGGAAGGGGUAACAGAGGAGAAGGGCUUUAGGCAUACUUUGUAG